AUGGCCGCUAUUGAAGUUAUCACCUCUAGGGAGAAGGAGGUGCGCGUGCGACGGAACGGCAGCGAACAGAUCAUCGUAGUGCGAGUUUGGAACGAAACCGUGGCCAACUUGACGCUGAUGGCGCUGGGCUCCAGCGCACCGGAGAUCCUGCUCUCCGUAAUUGAGAUCGCAGGCAAGAAUUUCGAGGCCGGUGACUUAGGGCCGGGAACUAUUGUUGGCUCGGCCGCAUAUAAUUUGUUCGUCAUUAUCGCCAUUUGUGUCGUAGUUAUUCCUGAUGGGGAGGUGCGGAAAAUAAAGCAUCUACGAGUGUUCCUAGUCACUGCUACGUGGUCGGUUUUCGCUUACGUGUGGCUCUACUUAAUCCUAGCCGUUAUCUCACCUAGUGAAGUAGAAGUAUGGGAGGGCGCUGUCACUUUUCUGUUCUUUCCCGCUACGGUGAUGACGGCAUACAUUGCUGACAGACGCCUCUUAGUGUACAAGUACCUGAAAAAAGGUUAUAGGGUUAAUGAGAGAGGUGUAAUAGUAGAGGUGGAAGGCGAUGGAUCAGUAGAAAUGGCUCUAAAACCAGGCGAGGAUUUCGCCUCGGAUGACGAGGAGGGCCGCGAGCUAGAGAAGUCUAGGCGAGAGUACAUUUCCGUGCUCCGUGAAUUAAGGAGACAACAUCCGGACGAAGACCUGGAGACUGUAGAACGAAUGGCUCUAGAGAAAUUGAUGUCGCGGGGCCCGAAGUCGAGAGCGUUUUACAGGGUGGCGGCGACACGGAAAAUGACGGGCGGCGGUGACUUCUCGCGGAAGAUAUCAGAAAGAGCUCAGAGUGACCUUAGUGAAGUGAAAGCUGAAAUACAGAGGCGUGAGUCCGGCUCUCUGUCACCGGAGCCCAAAGGGCCUAAUGUGAGGUUCGAUCCCGACCACUAUACGGUCAUGGAGAACUGCGGCUCGUUCGAGGUCAGGGUGGUCCGACGCGGUGACUUGACCGGGGAAGUGACCGUCCAGUACACGACGGAGGACGGCACGGCUGAGGCGGGCUCCGACUACAUCGCUGCGCAAGGCUCACUCACGUUCGCCCACGGGGAGUCGGAGAAGAGUUUCAGCGUGGAGGUGAUCGACGACGACGUGUUCGAGGAGGACGAGCACUUCUACGUGCGGCUCAGCUCGCCGAAGGGCGCGACCCUGGCCUCCCCGUCCACGGCCACCGUGAUGAUUCUGGACGACGACCACUCGGGUGUGUUCUCGUUCCCCCAGAGGGACUUCGACCUAAUCGAGUCCGUGGGCACGUACGAGCUGCGCGUGGUGCGCACCGCCGGCGCCAGGGGCAAAGUGAAGGUGCCUUACUGGACGGAGGACGGCACCGCCAAGGGCGGCGCUCAGUACGAGGCCGCGCAGGGGUUCGUCGUCUUCGAAAACAACGAAACAGAAAAAUUCAUUCCACUGCACAUUAUUGAGGAAGACAGUUACGAAAAAGAUGUUUUAUUUUAUGUCAAUUUGGGUGACCCGGAGCUGAUGGGCGAACCGCACCGUUCUGCGCAUCGCAACGAAGCCGAGCACCUGGUGACGCUGCCCGAAGACGAGGCGGUCGUCGCCAUGAUGGGGCUCCCCCGGCCAGGGGAGAUCACUAGGGCCCAGCUGCGAAUCAAAGAGAGCAAAGAAUUCAAGAACACUGUAGAUAAAUUAGUACAAAGAGCGAAUGCCUCCAUCAUAAUAGGAACCUCCUCCUGGAAAGAGCAGUUCACAGAAGCAAUAACAGCCAGCUCAGGUUCCGAUGAUCCUGACGAGCCCCCGUCAUGGUCGGAUUAUAUCCUUCAUAUCAUCACCGUUUUCUGGAAAAUUAUUUUUGCUUUUGUUCCUCCAACUGACAUCGGUGGGGGCUACGUGUGCUUCGUGGUGUCCAUCGUGUGCAUUGGGCUGGUGACGGCGGUGAUUGGUGACGUCGCCUCUCACUUCGGCUGCACCCUGGGCAUCAAGGACUCUGUCACUGCCAUCGUCUUUGUCGCACUCGGAACUAGUAUACCAGAUACCUUCGCCAGCAAAGUGGCAGCGAUCCAAGAUAAGACUGCGGACGCGUCCGUGGGCAACGUCACCGGCUCCAACGCGGUGAACGUGUUCCUGGGAAUAGGCGUUGCGUGGACAGUCGCCGCUAUCGUGCACUGGACUCGCAACGAAAAGUUCCUCGUCGAUCCCGGAAACCUGGCAUUCAGCGUGACAAUGUUCUGUUCGGAAGCAGCACUUGCCGUUCUUGUGCUCAUCCUGAGGCGGAGGAAGUCAAUCGGUGGGGAGCUCGGUGGGCCUCGUGGCAUGAAGAUUCUAACUUCUAUAUUCUUCUUCUCUCUGUGGCUGGUCUACCUCAUCAUGUCCGGCCUAGAAGCGUAUGAUGUCAUCCAAGGGUUU